AUUAAAAAAGGAUUCAGCAGAAGACAUGUUACCAAGUUGUUGCAAUGAUCAAUCGCUCUAUUAACCUCAAAUGAUGCCGAGCGAAGUUCAGCUUUUGCAUGAAUUUCCUGUUUAUAAAACAAGAUUAGUGAGUCUUACAACUUCUUUUGACAUUUAUGCGUGUCUGUCAAGCAAAUCCAUGAGUCAGCGGAUUCUUGCUCACGCACACUUACCUCAUAACGACUUACCACAUAACCUUAUUGUCGACGGAAGUGCGAACUCGUCGAUGUGUCGCCAAAAAAAUUGACAAUGAGGAUUCUCACUGGUUUCUUUUUCGUUUCUUUGGACGCUUUACUCCUCGACUUCGCUUCAGGUUCAAAAUGUCAGCCGCUUAACACGACUUUGUUCAAAAACUGCGUACAGGAGGGCUUUCACAAUUCUUCCGCAUCGAAUUCGAGCAUACAAGAGAUGUCAAGUCUAAUUUCCCACAUGCAGGGAAAGUUUAACUGCUCCUCGUUGUCUGAUCUCAUGACUUGCUCGCUUCAUAUUCCGAAAUGCUCUUCGCCGAAGCUACCUUGCAAAGACACGUGCAAGAAGUUUCUAACUGAUUGUGGGAACACUUCAAGCGAACGCGAUGGAUUAAAAUCUUUAUUCCGCGGCCUUUGCGAGGUUCUUCCGAUGACCAAUUGUAUAUCAAAGUCAAACCAUUCUAACGACAAUGGCACAGAUAAUUCUAAUGUCACAUGUCACAUGCUUGUUUUGAAACAAUGUCAGAAGUUUGGCUAUAAUUAUACUUCUGUUACGAGUGACUAUCAGAAGCUGGUGAAUUCAAGUACAAUCUUUCAACGAGUCGAUGGUAACUCAACCAAGCUUCGUAAGGUUAUCUGUAUGGAGAUAGCGCCGCCAUGCGAUAACAAAACCUCUACGCAGUUACAAGUUCCCUGCAAGUCUUUGUGCGAUGAUGCAUUUAAAGAGUCACGUUCAGAGUUUAACAAAGUGUUCAAAGACCAAGAAUACUGCUUAGCUUUCCCAAACGGAACAAAACGUGGACAAGAGCUCUGUCAACUCCAAAAGUGGCCGGACCAUGUUUACUGGCCCAGCGGUUUGUGGAUGUCUUUGGAAAUGACAGCGCAACAGAAGAAGAAUUCCGUAACGGAGUCAACAGUACCAUCCAGUAUUAGUACAACUGAACCAAAAACUGAAACAACCAACGUAACCACGCAUCAAACAACACGAAUGUUAAACCCAAUUAAACCGUCAACUUAUCCCCCAACGUCCUCACCAAUCACUGACACAACCACACCCAACUCAACCUCUUCACCAUCGGUUACGGUAACCAAGCCAACUUCGACGAUCGAGGUAACCACGCCUGGAACGUCGAACUACAAAAGCAUGCCGUCUGCACCCACCACUGAGACACCCAAACCUUCACUAUCGAGUGAGGCCACCACGCCUACAACGACCAUAAAUAACACCAGUUCGACCUCAGCUAGUACAAAGGCUGCCAAACCUUCACCAUCGACCAUGGUAAUCGCACCUUCAACUUCCACGAAUAAAAUUACACCGCCCGCGCCUUCAUCAUCAACCAAGGUAACCACGACUGUAUCUCCUUCCAAUAAACCCAGCCCACAUGUAUCUAGCACUGGGGGAAUCACACCUGCGCCACCAACCAAGGAAAAGACAUCGGCUCCAGCGACCAAGGAAACCACGCCCGGAUCUCCUUCUAAUAAACCUAGCUCACAUGUAUCUAGCCAUGCGGGAACCACACCUCCGUCAUCAACCCAAGAAAAGACGUCGGCUCCGGCGAGCAAGGUAACCACGCCUGCAUCUCCUUCUAAUAAACCCAGCUCACAUGUAUCUAGCACUGCGGGAACCACACCUCCGCCAUCAACCAAGGAAAAGACGUCGGCUCCGGCGACCAAGGUACCCACGCCUUCGCCUAGUGCUACGCCUACAUCAAUAACCAAAGGAACCAAAAAAGGUCUGACCCCGAAAGUGAGCGCGACCAAGGCUGCUAAAAUGUCAGGAGGAACUAUUGCAGGCAUUGUGGUUGGUGUAAUCGUCCUUAUAAUCGCCAUUGCAGCUGGUGUUGUUUGCUUCAGAAGAUUCCAUCGAAUCAAAAGCCAAUAUAGACAUAGUCUUAUGGUGGAUAUGGACGAGUUGUAAAGGAGCAGAACAACUGAGAUACGAGUCUUUUUUAACUUGCAGCCGAUGCGUUUUUCUGUAUUGGUGACUCCACCAAAAUAACAUGGUAUUUCAUGAAAACCAACGCAAGUUAGUAGUGGUCUUCGUGACAGCUUGACAAAGAAGGAAAUAAAUUCCCAAGCUUUUCGUAAGUUUGACUAGGUAAAGCAAGAUUUAGUUUUCGUAAAAAGGGAACGAAGAAGUAUUAAUUGAUAAGUUCUUCGAAGGUCACUCUCAGAAAGGACAUUUUUUUCUACUCUGUUGCGUUGUUAGUUAUGU